AUGGCGGAUGAUGGAGAGUCAUUGGAGUCUUGGCUCAACAAAGCCACCAAUCCCUCCAACAGACAGGAAGACUGGGAGUACAUCAUGGGUUUCUGUGAUCAAAUUAAUAAAGAGCUUGAAGGCCAUCAAAUAUCCGUCAGGCUGCUGGCGCACAAGAUUCAGUCCCCUCAGGAGUGGGAGGCAUUGCAAGCAUUAACGGUUCUUGAGGCGUGUAUGAAAAACUGUGGCCGACGGUUUCACAAUGAAGUUGGAAAAUUUAAGUUUUUAAACGAGUUGAUAAAAGUGGUCUCACCUAAAGAAUUGUACAGCGACUGUGAUAAGCUCAGACAAACGGUAUUUAAACUGGCCACCGAGACGGAGGAUAAUGACAGCAACUUGGGAGAGAUCCUGCAGGCCAACGAUGACCUCUCCACUGCAAUGAACUCCUAUAAGAAGAUUGUUGAAGGCCAGACUGUCAGCGGAGACCCUGAAGUUGGACAAGGCUCUGGAAGCACAAACGACUCAGAGAUUCUCAUCGACCUGGUGGGUCUUGACGGGAAGACUCCCUCUCAGCCUGAACCUGAACCUCAAGCCUCUUCUCUGGGUUUUUCGGGCGAUUUGCUUUGCGGAACGGCGCCCGCCGAGCUUCGUUCUAAGAGUGCCGCUCCGCCUUCUGCAGCCCUCUCCCUGCUGGAUGAAGAGCUGCUAUCCUUAGGCCUGAAUGAUCCUGGUCCUGUAGUUAAUGAAUCAAGCACCUCCAAUCAGAGCAAUCAUUUACCACCUCAACAGGAGUCCAGUCAACCUUUGGACCUUUUUGACUCCAGUUUGCCCGCCUUUAAUGCACUGUCGACACCUUCGCUCUUUCAACCAGCCCUCUCUGCGACGCUGACCUCAGUGACUCCCACCAGAGUGGCUGCCGCUUCCUCUGCCUCAAACUUCCCCAGCGCUGCCUUUUCAACACUUUCCGCUGGUGCAGCUUCUGAUUUUCCAGCGUCGGCUUCGUUCCCACAGCCACCGGGCUCGGCUCUGAGCGGCGCGGCGCCUGCAGGUCCUUCGCCGUCACGCUGCAUGACCGCGCCGGCUCUCUCCACCGGCCUUCAGCACGUCUUCCAGCCUGGUCCAUCAUCUCUCAGUAACAAUUUACAAGACCUGGCCAUGCUGGAUCUGGGCAGUAAUGAUAUUCACAGUGGCAGCUCCACUUCAGCGAUGACGGCCGGGAUGCCAGGAUGGUCGACUCCUCCGACUCUCCGGAGCCUCUCUGACGACAGCCCCCUGCUCCGCUCCAUGUCCCCUAUUCAGCCCCUGAGCCAGACCAGUCCAAGCAAAGGAGACGAGGCGUCCCUGGCUGCUGUUUUCGUUCCGCUGGAGGCCAUCAAACCAAGUGAGUUUAUGAAAAGAUCUUAA